AUGGCCAAGUUGUACUACAUGCCUUACAUUUUCAAUGAAGGAAUGCCCCUUGCGUCCGGUCCUCCAACACUCCCGGAAGACUUUACACCCGAGAAAUCUGGAUUCAGGGUACUUGUCGAGGUUCGGCGAAUGAAAGGACAUUUUCCAGCUCAGAAAUGGCGAAAAAGGAAUCAGGAAUGGCAGUGCAUCAAUAAUGAAACACUACUCCCUGACCACGUAAGGAACGGGCACCUUGCCAAGAACGUGCCCUACCGUCCAUACCGUCCAGUAUAUGUCCCUUUUGCUAUGACUGUGAGCCCUACCACAGACGCUAUGGGCACCUCUGAAGAAACACGAUCCAAACAAACCAAAGGGUCAAACGACGAUAUUUUGAGCGCGAAGAUAGCUGGAAGAGUUGCUCGCCCCGUUUAUCACUGCACAAGCGCACGGCUCCAUGACCUAGCCUACGACCCAUGGCCCAUUACCACCAUCGAUACCCACGGUCUCAGUUCACUGAAGGCUCCAUCAACGCACACCCGGAUCUUGAUUAUUGGCGCAGGAUUCGGCGGCCUCCUCUUUGCGGUGCGCCUCCUCCAAGCCGGAUUCUCCCGUGACGAUCUCCUCCUCGUGGAUUCGGCGGGUGGGUUUGGCGGGACGUGGUACUGGAAUCGCUAUCCCGGCCUAAUGUGCGAUAUAGAGAGUUACAUCUACAUGCCCCUACUUGAAGAGACGGGCCACAUGCCCAGCCGGAAGUAUGUACCCGGUGAAGAGUUGCGUACCCACGCGGAGGGGAUAGCGGCAAAAUGGGAGCUGGAGCAGCGGGCGCUAUUCCGUACAACUAUCAGAACUCUCGAGUGGGAUGAAGGUGGGAAUCAAUGGAUUGCUCACGCUGAGCAGUUAGGUGUAUUUACAGACGCAAAACAGGGGGGAAAUGGUGGUGGUGGACCUUUAACAUUUACCGCAACUUUUGCCAUCAUUGCGAGUGGGACACUCAGCAAGCCCAAGGUCCCCAAUUUACAUGGUGUCGAUGACUUCCAAGGACAUAUCUUCCAUACUGCCCGAUGGGAUUACGACUAUACCGGCGGUUCGCCGGCUAACCCUGCCAUGCACCGGUUACAAGGGAAACGGGUAGGAGUAAUUGGGACUGGCUCAACGGCUGUUCAGGUGAUUCCACAGCUUGCUCGCUGGUCCAAGGAAUUAAUCGUAUUUCAACGGACACCGGCUGCCGUGGGCUUGCAGAAAAAUCAGGUUACUGAUCCCGUGUGGUGGAAGGGCAACAUUCUGAAGGCUGGGUCGGGAUGGCAGAGGAAACGAUCGGAGAAUUUCAACGCGUUCAUUUCCAUCUCGAACCCACCCUGCAUGGAGAAUCUAGUAAAUGAUGGUUGGACGAGUUCGCCAUCAUUCUCUGCCGCAAUCGGUGGAGCACUGAACAUGCAGCCGGAUUUCCUGGACCUAGUCAAAGCUAUUGAUCGACCUAGGCUGGAAGCUGCCCAGGACCAUAUCAGAUCAACUGUUCGGGAUGAUACCACCGCAGAGGCCCUUAUCAAUUUAAACCACGGAUGGUGCAAGAGACCCUGCUUCCACCAGGGAUAUUUUGAGACAUACAAUCUGCCGCAUGUGAGGCUGAUCAAAACCGACGCCGCCGGCGUUACAGGGCUAAGUCCAAAGGGAAUAUUGGUUGGGGACACCCUCUACGAAGUUGAUUUGGUUGUUUUAGCUACAGGCUACGAUCUGGGCAGCUUGUGUCCGGCCGAUCGGGCGCAAAUCCAGGUUCUAGGCUCAGAGGGAGUGGCCAUGAAGGAGAAAUGGGCUGGCGGUCCUACAACGCUGCAUGGGGUAAUGACUCGUGGAUUUCCAAAUCUUUUUUUCCCCGGUACCUCGCAGGCUGGUGUUACCGCGAACCAAUCUUAUAUGUUCGAUCGUGCCGCAGAACAUGUGGCCUAUAUCAUUCAGAACUCCACACUGGAGGCAGGAGGCUAUAUUGACAAGAUCCGUAUCGAGCCCACGGCGGAAGGAGAAAAGCACUGGACGACGCAGUCAGUCGCACGGAUAAGUGCAUUCGCAGCCACAACAGCGUGUGGCACUGGGGAUUAUACAAUUUCGAACCGUUACAGAAGCAGCGAUGUUGACACGAUGGCAAGGCAUAUGCCGUGGGGAGAAGGUAUGGCAAGUUAUGUGAAAAUUCUAGAGGCCUGGAGAGAAAGUGGGACUAUGGAAGGUUUGGAUAUCAGGUACCACUCAUCUGAGGGUUCCAGGUAG